AUGGCUCUACAUGUACCAAAAGCCCCCGGUUUUGCGUCGAUGCUGAAGGAAGGAGCACGGGCAUAUUCCGGUCUCGAGGAAGCGGUGUAUCGCAACAUUAACGCCUGCAAAGAGUUCGCCAACUCGGUUCGCUCGGCAUAUGGGCCAAAUGGCAUGAACAAGAUGAUCAUCAACCACAUCGAGAAACAGUUUGUCACAUCCGAUGCCGGUACCAUUAUGCGCGAGCUGGAUGUCGAACAUCCGGCCGCGAAGUUGAUGAUCGAAGCGAGCCAAAUGCAGGAAGCGGAAGCCGGUGACGGUACCAACUUUGUGGUCGUGUUCUGUGGCGCUUUGCUCGAGGAGGCGGAGGAGUUGCUGCGUUUGGGUGUAACUAGCAGCGACAUCACCGAGGGUUACGAGAAGGCACUACAGAAGACACUGGACAUACUGCCCACGCUCACCUGUCACGAGAUUAAGGACUACCGUAGCUUGCUACCAGUGCGUAACGCAAUCCGUGCGACGGUAAUGUCAAAGCAGCUCGGCAACGAGGACUUCCUAGCGGAUCUUAUCGCAAAGGCAUGCAUUUCGAUCAUGCCCGAAAACACAACGUUCAAUGUGGAUAAUAUCCGUGUGUGCAAGAUUCUUGGCAGUGGACUGCAGAUGUCGGAAGUUAUACCGGGUAUGGUUUUCAAGCGGUUCGUCGAGGGUGAGGUAACAUCUGCAACGAAGGCCAAGAUCGCGCUGUACUCUUGUCCUGUGGAUAUUAUCCAGACGGAAACCAAGGGUACGGUUUUGAUCAAAUCGGCUGAAGAGCUCAAAACUUUCAGUCAGGGCGAGGAGAACUUGCUGGAGGCACAGAUUAAGGCGAUCGUGGACACGGGUGCGACAGUGAUCGUAGCCGGCGCCAAAUUCGGUGAUAUGGCUUUGCACUACAUGAACAAGUACGGUCUGAUGGCGGUCCGAUUGAAUUCCAAAUUCGAUCUGCGUCGUCUCAGCAAGGCAGUGAAUGGUACGGUUUUGCCCCGUCUGACUCCUCCGAGCACGGAAGAGCUGGGCUACUGCGAUAACGUGUACGUGCAUGAGUUGGGCGACACCUCGGUCACGAUCUUCAAAUCAGACGGCACGGAAAGCCGUAUUGCGACGGUGGUUAUUCGCGGUUCCACCGACAAUUACAUGGAUGAUAUUGAGCGUGUCAUCGAUGACGGUGUAAACACGUUCAAGGGAUUGACCCGUGAUGCCCGUUUUCUUCCCGGUGCUGGUGCGGUAGAGAUUGAGCUGGCGCAACAGUUGUCCGAGUUCGCCGAUACGCUGCCCGGAUUGGAACAGUACGCCGUGCGUAAGUUCGCUAAGGCACUUGAAUUUUUCCCGAAGGCACUCGCCGAAAACAGUGGCGUCAAUGCAACGGAAGUAGUACACCAGCUUUAUCUGGCACACAAGCAGGGCAAGAAGACGGAAGGCUUCGAUAUCGAAUCGGAACAACCGGCCACUGUCGAUGUCACCACGAAGAACAUUUUCGACUUGUACACCACGAAGUAUUGGGGAUUGAAGUACGCCGUCGGUGCGGCCUGUACGAUUCUGAAGGUGGACGAAAUCAUCAUGGCAAAGCGGGCCGGUGGUCCAAAACCGCGAGCCGGCGGUCCCGGAAGCGAUGAUGAAUCGUAA